AUGCAUCCAGUAGGACAACAACAACAACAGCAACAACGUCGUGGUAAUUCAACUAGAAUGCCAUUGAUGUAUUCCCCUUCUUUGCCACCUGCUCCACUAUUACCAGGUCCACCGCAAGCAUUACGAUAUGGUGUACUCGGUAAUUUUCAACAGCCACCAGUGAGCAGCGGUGGAAUGAAACAUCAUCAACGUGGAAGUGGAAAUCGUGGUGGUCGAGGCUCAACUAUAAUCCAUCGGCAAACACGUCCAACACCUGGUUCUCGUUAUCAUCCAUAUCCAUUUCGCCAGCCAUUACCUCCUCAACAACAGCAACGUUUCUAUCGUCCCGCUCAGCAAUUACAGCGUACUCCUGCUGCAUUGAUGGGUACUCCACCUGGUAUGUCACAAUCAGAAUAUGAGCUAAUUCAUUCCGCACAAGUUCAACGUGAUAAGAAAAAACUCGAUGUAUUGGCACCAUCGAAUACAACACAAUUUCUUAUACGUGAUCAUAAUCGUCAAUCAACACCUUCAUCAAUAGCAACUCCAACACCUACUCAUCCAACAACUCCUUCUCCAUCAGCAACGCAGCAAGGCCAACCAUCAUUACCAUAUGAUCAAAUGUUCGAAAUGGGUGAUGUUGAUGCACAAAGUGAUGAUACAGAAAGCAAUCAAGGAUUUGGUUUUGGUGAUGUUGAUCCAUCGGUUGAUAAUGAUUUUAAUGAUAUUUAUUAUCAAUGUCGCUAUGAACGAUAUGCUGCUUUUAGUCGAGCUGCUUUACUCAAUGAAGUUUUAUCACUUUGUGCUAAUAUUGAUCGUUUACAACAUGAAAAAAGUGAAGUUGAAAAACGUCUACGCGAUGUACAACAACAUCUUUAUGAUUUAACAACUGCUACAAAUGGCAUUCAAGAACGUCCAAUUCAGGAAGAAAUAACUCAACUUACUGAUGAUCAAACACGGCUUCAAGCGUCAGUACAAGAUCAACAGCAGACUGAUUCGAAUGCUACUAAUGAUGUUAAUCAUAUAGAUGAUGAAUUACAACCACCAGUAUCAUCUCAGCCAAUAGUAACCGAAAACGAAGUAAUGAAUGAAUCCUUACCAGUCACAACUUUACCUGAAAGCAACGAAAGUGAACAACAAAUUGUUCAUGACUAG